AUGUCUUCUCAAAGCAACAACCCUGGAAAUUUUGCUAACCGCUCCAAGGAAGAGGUCCGCAACAUUGCCAGCAAGGGCGGUCAGGCCAGCCACUCGGGUGGUUUUGCCAACAUGGAUGCUGAAAAGCAGCACGAUAUCGCCAGCAAGGGUGGGCAUGCUUCCUCUGGUUCCUUCCAGCCCGGCAGCGAAAGAGCAAAGGAGGCCGGUCACAAGGGCGGUCUCGCUAAGAACCAGCAAAACGAAUAA